CAACAAAACCUAUGACCGGCGAUGGUUCCAAAGCUAUCAGCGCCUAUCAUCAUCAUCAAGCCACCUUCUUCAUCUCUCUAUUCGAUUUUCGAAAUCUCGAUCUCGUCGACGAUGAAUACCGCUUUAGAUUUUGCUUUUCCGGCGAAAUCGAGUUUUGUUGGCGGAAGAACUCGACGCGUGAUUCCUUCUCCUAGAUUAUUCGGUUCCCGCGUAAGAGUGUGCUCUCUUCAUCCUCCUUCUUCGUCUCUCAAGGCUGAGUCAUGUUUAAAAAGAGAUGUGAACAGACAAUUAAGCAGUCUCGAGUCGAUGUUCUGUUACGACAAGCCAAUACCUGAGGAGAUCAUCGAUGAGCCUGUCGGAUUAUCCAUGUCCGAGAGAGAGAUUGGUGAUAACAGGCGUUGCACUUGUUGCGAAGCUAAAGGUGCAUUGCUUUGUGCCACUUGCUCUGGAACUGGUCUGUACGUUGACUCCAUUAUGGAGAGCCAAGGCAUCAUUGUUAAAGUCCGUUGCUUAGGUUGUGGUGGAAGUGGUAACAUUAUGUGUAAAAGCUGUGGUGGACGUGGUCACGUAGGCCAUUGAUGACCGACCCCCCAUGUUUCACUUUUGUUUCUAGUCGUGGUUUUGUCCUCGUUUUACUUUGCUUUGCCACUUUUAUGUGUUGUGUCUUUCUCUCAUCUUAUCGCAGAAUCCUUUCUUUGUCAGUUCCAUAUAUAGAUUCGUGUUCUUGUAAUGAUGUAAUCCACAGUUUUGUAAAAGGCUCGGUUCAUCUUAUGUUGUUAAAUAAAUAAAAAUGUUUCCUAAAUGGAUGCGACUAAAUUAGAAACUA